AUGGCUUCAGCUAGCGGUUGCCAUGGCAAACCAAUCAACGAGGGAGACGAGCGGGCAGCUGGACGCCGACCUGCCAAUGACUUUCACAAUGUGGCAGCCAAAAAACUCAUGAAAACCAGCAGGACUUUAUUUAUCGAGAUUUAUGGCGGCCGACAAGCUUAUUACUAUAAUGAAGUUAAUUCUCAUGAUGAACCAGUAAAGAUGUCGAGAACGGCUUUGCGAGAGAGCGAGAACGGCUUUGCGGGUCUCCGUCAUUUCAACACCUUCACUGUGACGCACCGGCGUGCGGCUAUAUGUGGCUGCGAUGAUGGCCAACGCUUUAGCAUAGACACUGGUACAGCCCUUAAUCUUCCCUGGCCGCGGCCGCCUGCUCCGGCUGGAGACGGAGGUCUUCAAGUGGUGCAUGUAUGUAUGUAUGUAUGUAUAUCAUCACAACACUACGAUGAAGCAGAGGUGCGACGCGCCUUGCCAUCCAUUGCCAGUCAAUAA